AGUUCUGCUUGGAUCCAGCGGCUGCGUGGGGGCUCGGAACACUGCUCCAAGCGCGGUGCCCGUUCCCUAAAUACAUGUCGUCGCGCUCGGCCGUCGAUGAGGCGGCGGACGCGGCCCGGUGGCGGCCCGAGUGGCCGAUGCAGGCCUGGGAGUGGCACAGGGCUGUGAACCGCAAGUGGGUGCCUUACAACACUGAGGUCUCCGCGGCACUCGAGAAGCUCUACCAGGACAAGUUCCCGGAGUUCGAUCGCGAGGGCGACCUGUACAAGUUCCGGGGGGCGAACAGGCAGCUCUACGUGGUCGACCUGUCCGCGUUCAAGCAGCGGAACCUCGGAACGAAGGCCGUGCGCGACGUACGGCGCAGGGCGGCACGGCCAGCACCGCUCUGGGAGAGCCGCCGGGGCGCGAUCGAGAGCGCGGGACAGGCUGGGCAGGCGCAAUUUGCGCUCAGCUUUUUCGAGGGCUCCUGGCGCAACUGGCCGGAGCCGCAGGAGUCUUACGCGGCAGCAGGAGAGCCACCGUCGACGGUGGCUGGCACUGAGACGGCAAGCGGAGGAGGAGGAGGAGAUGAAGCCUUGGACGUGGACGAUGACGUCGACGAGGACUCGGACAGCGACGGGUCGCCCAAACAUCUGAUCAUGGCUUCGGAGGGCGCGGACGAAGGGGCUCUGAAGGCUCAGGGCCUCACGCAUGAGUGCUACACGAUCGAGUAUGUGGCGGACCCACAGAGCAGGUGGGGUUUUGAGUACGCACGCAGUACUUGCUCAGUGCCAGGGUGGUACAUGACACACGACUACAUGCCUGACUACGCGGAGCGCUACGUCCUGGACGUGGCGCGAAGCGCGUCUUCUGGUGAGGUUCCGAAGCUGGUGUGGGUGUGCGUGUGGCAGGAAGGCCGGCAGAACGGGUACCCGCCCUCUGAUGCGUGCUGGUGCUUCGAGGCCGACGAGCAGGCGUGGUGGCGGUCCAGCGCAUAGGCUCCAGAGGCGAGCGGCCGCGGCCAAGGAUCAGCCAGAGCGCUCGACGAGGAAGUGUAA